CAAAGGAUCCACACAGGAGAAAAAUCUCAUAAAUGCAUGGAGUGUGAAAAGAGCUUCAGUCAGAGGAGCAACCUUUACAGACAUCAAACAAUCCAUUGGAGGGAGAAACUGAAGAAAUGCCUGGAGGGCGGAGGGUCCUUUGGAAGACCUGGAAAUCCCCCAAUGAUCCAGGAGGGAGGAAAGAAAUAUCAAUGCCCGGAAUGCGGAAAGAGCUUCAAAAAAAAGGGAGAUUGUAAAAGGCAUCUAAAUAUCCACUCAGGAGAAAAGAAAUACAAAUGCCCGGUAUGUGAAAAAUCUUUCAAAACAAAUGACAAUUUUCAAAGGCAUCUAAGGAUCCAUUCAGGAGAAAGAAAAUAUGAAUGCCCAGAAUGUGAAAAAUCCUUUAAAACAGUUCAAAUCCUUGAAAAACAUCAAAGAAUGCACAAGCCGAAUAUAUGCCUGGAAUGUGGAAAGAGCUUCAGUCAAAGAGGAAGUCUAGUUAUCCAUCAAAGAAUCCACACAGGAGAAAAAUCCUACAAAUGCCUGGAAUGUGGAAAGAGCUUCACUAGUGCUUCAAACCUCUGGCGACAUCAAAUAAUCCACACAGGAGAAAAACCACAUAAAUGCCUUGAAUGUGGAAAGUGUUUCAGUAUGAGAGGAAGUCUGUAUAGACACCAAAGGAUUCACACAGGAGAAAAACCACAUAAAUGCCUUGAAUGUGGAAAGUGUUUCAGUAUGAGAGGAAGUCUGUAUAGACAUCAAAGGAUUCACACAGGAGAAAAACCACAUAAAUGUCUGGAGUGUGGAAAGAGCUUCAGUUACAAGGGAAAUCUUGAUACCCAUCAAAGAAUCCACACAGGAGAAAAACCUUAUAAGUGCCUGGAGUGUGGAAAGAGCUUCCGUUGUAGCAGCAACCUUUAUAAACAUCAAAGACUCCGUUUACAAAAUCCAUACCAAUGUGUGAAAUGCAAAAAAUACUUCAAAACAAUUCAAUUCCUUGAAAAACAUCAAAGAAUCCACACAGGAGAAAAACCUCAUACAUGUCUGGAAUGUGGAAAGUGUUUCGGUAUGAGAGGAAGUCUGUAUAGACAUCAAAGGAUUCACACAGGAGAAAAACCACAUAAAUGUCUGCAGUGUGGAAAGAGCUUCAGUCACAAGGGAAAUCUUGAUACCCAUCAAAGAAUCCACACAGGAGAAAAACCUUAUAUGUGCCUGGAGUGUGGAAAGAGCUUCCGUUGUCGAAGCAACCUGUAUAAACAUCAAAGACUCCAUGUACAAAAACUGUACCAAUGCAGGGAAUGCAAAAAAUACUUCAAAACAAUUCAAAUCCUUCAAAAACAUCAAAGAAUCCACACAGGAGAAAAACCUUAUUAAUUUUCUGGAGUGUGGAAAGAGCUUCAGUCAGAAAAGAACUUUCCCAGCAUCAAAUAAUCCAUUAGUGAGAAAAACCACAUAAAUCUCUGGGCUGUGGCAAGUGUUUCCGUUCAAAAGGAAGACUUCGUUCACAUCAAACAAUCCAUUCAGAGAAAAACCAUAUAAAUGUUUUGAGCGUGGAAAGAGCUGUACUGAGAGUAGAGGCCUCCAUCGACACCAAAGAAUUCAUGUGGGAGAAAAAUGAAAAAUGAUAAACAUGCCUGAAUGUGAGAAGUUACAGAGUGUAUCUCAGAAAUAGAAUUGAAUUGCGUAUUUAAUAGUGUGAAUAGACAGGCUAAGAAUUUGUCUCGAGAGCACAACCUCUCAGUGUACCUACAAAGCAAUAGAAUAAGGAUAUUCAUGAUAAUAAUUGUAAUGAUUCUACUAUGAGGGUUGAGUAAAGAAGAUAAGGGUAAAUAAUAACUGCCAAAUAAGGGACUUUCCCAGGCUGAAUAACAAAGGGCUUUUUCAAUUUUAUAUGCCUUUUCAACUGGCUGAAAUUGUACCUUUUCACAACUGACAGGUGACUCAUUAUGCCAUUUCCCACAUGAAUGUUCUUUUAAUGCAAUGCUCAUUUCAUUUAUGCUUAAUAUUAUGGGAUGUUACUGUCUAUGUCUCUGAUGUAACUGUAAUAACUGAGCAGGAUGAUUUCUUCCAUGCAAUCAAUUCAUGUUUUCUUCUUUUUGUGCUAUAUGGAGUAUAAAAUGAAACCCAAUUCUCUGUACUGAAUUCCCUCUUUUCAUUCAUGGAAAUGUCUUUGCUACAAUACUCUAAUAAAUUGCCUUUAAAAUUUCA